CUUUCGUUCUGCAGUAAACAACAAGCAGCAGCUGGGAAUUUAAAUUUUACUUCCGUUUACUUUCAAAUAUUGUCAGAGACAUGAAGUCGUUCUCGUGUGCUAUUAAUAUUGCCUACACAAUUCUUUUGUUGGUUUUACUCACAAAAUUCGGUAACGCAGCCUUCUUUAAACCCUCCGGAACAGAACAAGACAACAACAAGAUUCGACGUGGAGCCAACAUGGGACUUUACACAUUUCCUCGUGUAGGACGCAGCGAUCCCAGCUUGGCCAGCAAUCUGCACGAUGCUGGCGAAGCAUUAGCUUUCGAAAGCAUCUAUGGUCUAAACGAAGCCUCCUCUGAGGAUUUCGAUGCAGACUAUCAGAAACGUGGCGGUUUUGUGUCAUUUCCUCACAUGGGUCGCAACGAGGCCGAAAUCAGAAAAUUGGCGCAUCUUCUGGCUUUGCAGCAGGCUCUGGACAAGCGCACCGGACCGAGUGCAUCUUCUGGUUUGUGGUUUGGGCCACGACUAGGCAAACGUAGCGUUGAUGCCAAGGAUUAUGCCGCUGCUGCCAAAAGUCAAAAGGAAAUCUUUUAAAUGAUUAACACACUCGCACUCAAGAACUCUGUUAGGAACACGAUCCGAGACCAACAAAGGAAACGCACUUGUAUCUAAUAACUUUUGCCUUUAAAGGAAUUUUAAUAUUUUACUCGCAUUAUAAUGAUUUUAAGAGAUCAACUUACAACAAAAAGAAUAUUUUAAAGGGAACAUAAUAAUACUAAUACAUGGGCUGGUAAGGACUUUCAUUGAGGUGCAGUGAAAGACUUUUAAUACAAAAAUGUAAAUCUAAUCUCUCCGGAACGCUUCAAAAAUAUGUAAAUACUUCAAUUGUUAUACUAUAUUUAUGACGCUGCUGCAAAAAGUUAAAUAAAAUGAAAUACAAAACACGG